GCCCGCACCUCUCCUCUUGGCCGAAGUGGCCAUGGUGGGUCUGCAUUGGCAGGGCCGGUGGGGGGCCUGUGAGGCCACGCCGGUGCGUGUGGUGGCGCCGGUGGUGCUGGUGCUGGAGGCGGCUGUGAGGGACGAGACCGCGGAGCUGUGGGAUCAAGUCCUGGAGGUCGUGGGCUCCACGCUGCAUGCGGAGCUUGCUGGUGAUGCAGUACUGGCUGCGCUGCAUUGGAAGCCCUGCUGGCAACCCCACAGACACCGCCGGCUGCUGCACGCGCAUGUGCUGGGCGAGCCCGCGGCCUGCCGGAGCUUGUGGCAAAGCAAGUGGUACCAGGUGCGCACCAUGCUGGAGGGCGAGGCCUUCGUGGCGUGGAAGGCGGUGCUGGACACCGCGGAGGGCGCGCCGGAGGGCAUCGAGUCGGGGCACAGCAGGCAGCUUCUGCAGGCGCUGCGUCUGCGGCUCUGCGAGAGCCCCGGCCUGGCGCUGGAGCUGCCGGCCAGCUGGGUGCCCGACAGUAUGGCCGAGCCGGAGGAGGUGAGCGCGCUGAGGGCGCAGAGCCACUGGCGCCGCUUCUUCGAGCACUUCGGGCCGCUGCUGCUGCUGGAGCGGAUCUUCACGGAGCCUUCGCGCCUGGUGCUGCUGGCCUGCUUCGAGGAGCCCGCUGCCGCCCUGGCGAUGUACGAGUGCCUGGCAGGUCGAUGCCUGUACCUGCCGUUUGGGGACAUGGGCGACUGCUUCCCCAGCCUUUGCACUUUGCGGGACUACGACGCCCUGAAGGCGCAGCUGUACCGGCACGAGCGCGUGCAGGACGACGAGGCCGCCUUCUUGCUGCGGCGCCUGCGUGGCUCGGAGCGUCCCCGGCCGCCGGAGGUGAUUCUGGUCACCACCACGUCCCCCACCGUGGUGUGCGGCCGGGAGAACGACGCGGACGUGGCUCUGCGGGUGCAGCACGUGUCGAAGGUGCACGCGGUGCUGCACCUAGUGCGCCAGGGCGGAAUGAGGCUCUUGCUGGAGGACAAGUCCUCGAACGGCACUUGGGUGAAUGGAGCGCGCCUGGAACCCAGGAAGCCCACCCAGUUGAACCUCCAGGACCAGAUCUGCUUCGUGCCUCCUGCCCCCGGAGUGGAGCCUUUGCUCUACGAGGUGCUACCUGGCAGCGUGCUGCAGCGCGGCACCUACCCGGAACCUUCCAAGCGCGGCGGGCCGUAUUCCAAGACCCGGAGCCGGCCUCAGGAUGAGGACCUCAGCUACUGGCUACAGUCUUUGGGCGACUCUGAGCUCUUGGCCUACGCCCCCCGGCUGCUGGGCCUCGGCCUGCGGCGCUCCGCGGAGCUCAGGGCGCGGUACGCGGACAACAUCAGCGGGCUGCUGGCGGAUCUCAACGUCAGCGACCAGCACAAGUCCAACUUCAGGAGAGCGCUGAUGAAGCUUCGCAGGGAGACGUGAGCAGGAGG